AUGUCGGGAUACACCAAAUUCAUUAAAGAGCUGGUUACAAAGAAAAGGAGCUUGGAGUAUGAAAUGAUUGAAGUGCCCCAUAGUUGCAGCGCAAUUAUGACAAAUGAGUUAAUCACUAAGAUAGAAGAUUCUGGGGCAUUCACAAUAUCGUGCACAAUUGGCAUGCUCCAAUUCGCUAAAGCUUUGUGCGAUUUAGAAGCAAGCAUUAACAUGAUGCCCUAUUCAAUAUACAAGCAACUUGAUUGUGAGAUCAAUGCUGAAAUCCCCAUUAUUUUGGGAAGGCCAUUCUUAGCUACCGGGAGAGCAUUGGUGGAUGUCGAAAGCAGGAAAUUGAAGUUCCGUGUGAACAAUGAUGAGGUGACCUUCAAUAUCUAUAAAUCCAUGAAGAAGCCAGGUAAUAUCCAUGUGGUGUCUACCGAGGAUGUUAUAGAUGAGGCAAUGGCAAGUGUGAGCCAUUUAAUGCGCAAGAAUGAACCACUUGAAUUUGUACUUGCCAAUAAUGAUGAAUCCGAAGUUCAAGGCUAUGAGGAAGCAGUAGCUGCCUUAUCAAGGUUAAAAGUAAAAUUUCUCAUUGAAGUAUUGUGGAAGCAUAUAAAAGCUAUUGGAUGGACAAUUGCCGAUAUAGUAGGAAUUCCUCCUGGCAUUUGUACUCACAAGAUUUGGCUCGACAGUGAAUGUAAAACCAGUGUGGAGCAUCAACGGAGAUUGAACCCUCCAAUACAAGAGGUGGUGAAAAUGGAGGUCAUCAAGUGGCUAGAUGCGGGAGUGAUCUACCCUAUUGCAGAUAGUAAGUGGGAGAAAUGUCAUUUCAUGGUAAAGGAAGGCAUUGUUCUAGGACAUAAGGUGUUGCAACAAGGGCUAGAAGUUGAUAAGGAAAAAAUUGAGGUAAUUGAGAAACUACCCCCGCCGAUUUCAGUAAAGGGUGUUUGUAGCUUCUUGGGGCAUGCAGGUUUCUACCGAAGGUUCAUCAAAGACUUCUCUAAGAUAGCACAUCCACUAUGCAAACUCCUAGAGAAGGAAUUGAAGUUCUAUUUUUAUGAUGCUUGUAUGACCUCAUUUAAGUGUUUGAAAGAAAAAUUAGUAUCCACUCCAAUUAUCGUCAGUCCUGAUUGGUCUGAAUCUUUCGAAGUAAUAAGUGAUUAUAGUGGUAUGGACUUGGGAGUAGUGUUAGGGAAAAAGCGCAACAAACUAUUUCACCCAAUUUAUUACACAGGCAAAACUCUAAAUAGUGCCCAGCGAAAUUAUACGGUCACUGAACAAGAGUUGCUCCCAGUGGUCUAUGCAUUUGCAAAGUUCCGGGCAUACUUUCUAGGAACCAAAGUAAUAGUGCACAUUUAUCAUGCUGCACUGCGCUAUUCGAUGGGGAAGAAAGAUGCAAAACCAAGAUUGAUAAGGUGGGUGCUACUAUUACAAGAGAUCGAUUUUGAGGUGUUUGCUAUAUCUCUCAAACCUACACUAUGGUAUGCAGAUUUUGCAAAAUACAUUGUGACUUGA